GAGGAACCGACGGGGCGCCUCUCCUGCUGCUGCUGACCCCACACCGUCGGCUUAUCGGCAACGGUUGCACAGAAAACGCCAUAGCGACUACACAACCACCACAACGCCAGCCAGCAGGACUCUUUUAUAACGACGGACAAUAGCAUGGAUUUUUUCUUUCUUUCCUUGUUUUAUUUUACCCGCCCCCUCACCCUAAGGUGCCCCAAGGCAGGUUGCAACCAUAGCUGUCAACAUUUCCCGUUUCUUGCGAGGAAUCCUAUUCGGAAUAAGGGAAUUUCCCUUAAAAAGGAAACGUUGACAACUAUGGUUGCAACGUCGAAACACAAUAUUAUAGCCGGGAACAACUUCCGAUCAUAACUUAAUAAUAACAACAACAAGGAUAAGGACAAGGAGCCUUCUUCCUGAUUUGCCCGUGGAGUGUUUAUACCGCACCUCAACUCCUUGUUCCUCAUUCAUUCACCUACACUUUUCAGUGCCUUUCCUCCUCACUUUUCAAGCUGUAAAACAUUACUUUAUUUUUUAACAAGUGGAUUUUUUACGCCAGGGGGAGGGAGCACUGCCAUUCACUGUAACUGUGCCCGCCUAAAUAUCCAGCACGUGCUUGAUUCCCUCCUGCAAACUGCUAACAGUCUGGAGGCAACCUGGUUCUUCAGAAUUCAGGAGGACACAAAUAGUGUCGCUUGGGGAGUUGCGGAAUUGGGUUCCUGGCUGGUGUUUCCCCUAAGUUUUACAUGGCAAAUCGGCUGCUUGAAUCUGCGUCACUUUCGGUAAAAACUCUCCUUGGCGCAUCAGCUGAGGAGCCUCCCUCUGCCUGCUGUUAGGGAGAGGAAAGCUGCCGCUCCCUGCACACCCCGAGGUGUCUCUGUUGACUCUCGGAAGGGCUGGCUCAGCUGUCCUGAUAGCGCCGUUGCUAGGAGCGGACUCCGCCUGGCUCCACAAAUACACAGGAGAUCCGAGGAGGCGGUCCCUCCGUCCCUUCCUCCCUCACCCCACCCCGAUCUCCCGUGGGCUUCCCCAGGUAGAGGAGGAGCGACGGAAGGCGAGGGGAUCGAGAGUGCAGCCGGGAUCCGGGCUCUCUCAGACAGACAUUCAUCGCCUGGACGGUGCGCAGCGCAGCGCCGGUGAGCCAGACUCCGCGAGCAAGGCGAGCGCAGCGACUCUCGUCUCUUAUCGCAGGGCGAGGUGGGAAUUACCCCGGACUCUGCUGCUCUGGCGAUGACGGACGCGUUGUUGCCCUCGGGCUGCCGGGCGGCGGACCAGAGGGGAGACUGCUACUUUCGAAAGGGAUGCAACCCUCUUGCGGAGACUGGACGGAGCAAACUGCAGAACCAAAGAGCAGUCCUCAACCAGCAGAUACUGAAGGCGGUGAGGAUGAGAGCUGGCGCUGAAAACCUCCUCCGGGCGACAACCAGCAACAAGGUGCGCGAGCAGGUGCUACUGGAACUCAGCUUCGUCAACUCAGACCUGCAGAUCCUUAAGGAGGAGUUGGAAGGACUCAACAUCUCUGUUGAGGUUUACCAGAACACAGAGGAGGCUUUUAGCAUUCCUCUGAUACCACUUGGCUUGAAAGAGACCAAAGAGGUUGACUUCGCAGUUCCUUUGAAGGACUUUAUUCUGGAACACUACAGUGAAGAAGGUUCUGAAUAUGAAAAUGAAAUUGCUGAUCUUAUGGACUUAAGACAAGCCUGCCGUACCCCCAGCAGAGAUGAAUCGGGAGUUGAGAUGUUGAUGAGCUAUUUUGUUCAGCUUGGCUUUGUAGAGAAUAGAUUUUUUCCGCCAAGCAGACACCUGGGGAUUUUAUUUACCUGGUACGACUCUUUCACUGGUGUUCCCGUCUGCCAGAAGAACCUGUUGCUGGAAAAAGCUAGUAUUCUGUUCAACAUCGGAGCCCUCUACACCCAGAUUGGCACAAGGUGCCAUCAGCAGACGCAGGCUGGGCUUCAAAAGGCCAUUGAAGCCUUUCAGAAAGCAGCAGGAGUUUUAAAUUACCUAAAAGAGACUUUUACUCACACUCCAAGUUACGACAUGAGCCCUGCCAUGCUGAGUGUGCUGGUCAAGAUGAUGUUGGCUCAGGCUCAGGAAUGUGACUUUGAGCAGAUUUGCCUUCCCGGAAUACAAAAUGAAUUUUUCACGCUUGUGAAAAUGGCCCAGGAAGUGGCAAAGGUUGGAGAAACAUACAUGCUUGUUAACACAGCAAUGAGUCAAGCACCAGUCAAGGAGAACAUCCCUUAUUCCUGGUCAAAACUGGCUCAAGUCAAAUCAGACCAUUUCAGAGCGUUGGCACAUUAUUUUGUUGCAACAAUUUUGAGUGACCACCAACUGCGCCAGAAUGAUGACGAAGACCAACAGGAAAAGGCUUUUUCCCAGCUGUAUGACCACAUGCCGGAAGGACUGACCCCCUUGGCUGUUUUGCGGGACCGAGUUCAGCGGAAACAACUUGCAAAAGCCCACCUGCGGAGAGCCAUUGUUCAUCAUGAAGAAGCCUUGAGGGUUUGUGGCUUGUGCAAAAAGCUCCGGAAUAUUGAGGUGCUCCAGGAAAUCCUGUCAGUUGCCCACAAGCGGUCCCUUCUCAAAUAUUCACAGCAGGAGCAGGAAGAUGACUUUUCGAGUUUGCUGCAGGCUCCAGAUAUCCUCCCUAAGACAGACCAUAAAAUAGAAGCGGUUGCUCCUCUGUUCUCCAAGGUCAAAGUCAAAGACUUCUUUGAGAGGCUGGGUCCGCUGACGGUCUUUUCAGCAAAGCAGAGGUGGACUGCUCCUCGCACUGUCCGUUUCCAGUGUGAAGCUGAGGGUCUGGGGUUUACCCUGAAAGGAGGACCCCCAGUGCAUGUUUACUGCCUGGAUCCAGGUUGCCCUGCAUCAUUGGCAGGUCUGAAAGAAGGAGACUGUGUCGUUUCCAUUGAAGGCGUGGAUUGCAAAUGGCUGGGAGUGAGUGAGGUCUUGGAAAAAUUGAGAAAUGUCAGCAGGCAGGAGACUGAGAUCCAGGUCAUCAGCUGCCAAGAUAACACAGUGUCCAUGCAUAACAAAAGUGCAACUUAUUCUGCAGGAAUGCAGAAAACAUACUCUCUGAUUUGUUUGGCUAUGGAAGAAGAUAAAAUAGAUAAGACCAAGAAGGUGACUCCUAAACUUUCCUUUUUGAGUUGGGGAACAAAGAACAGAAAAAAAGCAGCCAGCACACUUUGCCUGCCUUCCGCUGUGCCUGGAAGCACCCCAACCAAGAAGAAACUUGUCUCGCCUUUCACACUCUUGAGUACGGACAGCUCCUUGUACUAGGACUUGAAAAGAGAGGCUUAUUCUUGAUGGAAAGGUUCCCUGAAUGCAUGUGCCAUAAAUCUGAAAUGUAGCCCUUUUGUGAAUCUGGAGUAAGCCCAGAGUUACGGCACUGCCAGCUCACAUCUGGCCCACCCAACAUGGUUUUUAAGGAUCCUGCGCUGCCACUGUUGGAGAAGCACAGCAUUGUCAUCAGGAGAGAUUUGGGAGUCCUUUCGCUUGAAAAGAAAAUGACGUAUGUUGCUACCAGACUACAUGUGAGAUUCCUGUCUGGGUUUCUGUCCUAGUUAUUAUUUGUCCUGCAAAACUAUAGACAAAGUUGUUUAUAGCAUGCAGUAUAAGCUGCAAAGACUUAUGAAGGAUUUUUAAAAAUGUUGUUGUAUAUAGCAGGGGCAAGUUCAUGACACGAUACCGGUGAUGAACAGCAAUUUUAAACGAAGGCUGAUUGAAUGUCCGCUUUAGACUGGCAGACAAAGGAAAACAAUUGCUUGCAAAAAUGCCAUAGAGUUAGGGGCAGUUCUCCUGUCACUGUACAUUGAUGUGGAGCCACUGAAGUCCAGCAAAGAUUACAGGGGAGACUGAUGUGGUGGGAGCCUAUGGCCCUCUAGAUAAUCUCUGAUCAUAAUCCCUAAUCACUGGCCAAGCUAGUGGAAACAGCUGGGGGGGCCCCCAAAUACCAGGGGUGCAGCAGGUUCCCCCAUCCCUUGAUUAAGUUAAUAAGCGGGUGCUCGCGCGCCGUCUGCCCAAAGGUUCAGAGCAUUGUGGGAAAUUAAAAUGGCAGCAGUCCAGUGCCUAUCAGAGUGCACCACCCACUGCUAGGGCUUGUCAAUUUAGGAGGUGGGCUCAUCCGAGAGCACUUUGUCAAAGGUCCCCUCAAACUUGGGAGAUGGUCCCAGUUAUGGACAGAAAAAAAGCCUGCUGGAUCAGGCCAAUGGCCCGUCUAGUCCAGCAUCCUGUUCUCACAGUUGCUUGUGGGAAACCAGCAAGCAGGAUUCGAACACA